GCGACGAUAAUCAGAGCCUACGAUGAGCCAACCGCCCUUCUUCUCUUGAAUUCCGCUCAGUUUGCGGCGGUAUUGAUCUUGACGAGCUUGCAUACCCAAACUUACCCAGCGUUGACCAAAGCACUAGUGUCCUACGCCACCGAAAAAGGGGGGACGGUCAUCGCUGGUUUCAUGUUUCCGUCAUUCAUGAACAUGACCCAGUUCAAACAAUUCUUCAAGCAGUUUGGAAAGAACUGGACGGGAGGGAGUUAUGAGCGACGCGACUUUAUUCGUAACGAUGAAGAUAAAUCAAAACAAGGACAAAGCUCGCCAACUGCAAUACAAGAGUUGGGUCGUCGCACUGUUGACCCAUUACCAAAGACGUAUUCUAUGAAAGCACUUCACGCAAAUGGUGUCACGAGAGAAGAGGCAAUCUACCUCAACGAAAGAUUUCGAAAGCCGACAAAAAAUGAAGGCGAGCUGGAAGCCCCAAUUGCGUUCGCGAGUGUCGGAAAAGGCUGGUUGGGAUAUCUAGGAGACGUGAAUAUCGAGGGACCUACCCAACUCGUCGCAAAGGCCAUGCUCGGACUUCAUGGGAAUAACUAA